GCAGUGGGUCUGGCUCAUGCUGUGGCAGCCAGGACCAGAGCUGGGGCUGCGGGGAGUGGCGGGGACAGGGGAGAGCCAGCCAUGGUGACCGCCUAAGCGUGUGGGAGGGGGACCCAGGAGGAGGUGGGGACUGGGCCGGAGCAGGGUGGCCAGGCAGGGGCCUUAUAUUUCGCAGGGGAAGCAGACAGGAUGUUAGCAUGCAGACCGGGAUCACCGACUCAAGACUAGGGGCGGGAAGAGAGUACGGGUGGCUGAUGGUGGCCUUUGAGCGCCCAGCGUAGGGCUCUGGUCGUUGUCAUGGGGAAAGGGGGCUCGCUGGCGGGGGGCUGUCAUGCUCCAUGGGGAGCGAGCUGGCGCCCCCCUCGCAUCCCCACGCCGGGAGGAGCUCCGUGGGGCAGGAGCCAGGCGGAGGCCCGGGCCGCGGGAAGCUCCGGGGCUGAGUGCGGCCGCCGCAGUUUCCGGGGGAAGGGGACGGCGCGGCGCGCGGCGGGGCGAGGGCUGCGGGAGGAGGCGGCCCCGGACCGUGUGCGCCCGUGCUGCGCGGGGCUGCGCGGGGCGGCGGCCGCCAGUGCGUCCUGCUCUGCUGCGCUUCCGCUCGCCCGCUCCGCAGCCUCUCCCGGGCGGACCCCAGACCUCCAUGCACCAGCGCCUGGAGUCGCACGCCGUCUGCCGGGACCGCCGCCGCCGAGAAGGGGGUUCGGGCUAAGCCCGGGGCUGGCAUCCAAGCGCGGGGACCCGCCGUCGCCCGCGUCCCUCCGCACUUCCAUCCCCGGGCGCGUCACCCCGACCCUUCCUACUGAUUUUCCUCGCCGCUCACCAUGUUGCCCCCAUCACCACCGCCCAGACCCCACCUUCAGUCCGGCCUACCCCACCUUCGCCCCCAGUGCAAGCCCCUCGCCGUCUCCGUGUUUGCCCCAUCGGGCCCCCGUCCUCACCGCGCCCAUCCUUCCCCCACCUUCGCCCCGUUCCCACGCCCCACUCCGCUGCCUCCUCGCCACCCCUCCCCGUUUAUGCCGCAGCCCCCUCCUGCAGCAAGCCCCCCUUUCCUCCUCCAUCAAGCCCGUUCCCCUCCCCUUCGCUCUCGGCAGCCCCCGUGCCCGCCCCGCCUGCCGCCCCCAGCCAGGCCCGCCUCGCCCACUGCGGCAAGCCCCUUCCCCGCCAAUCACAGCGCCCCCGGCCCCCCUCCUGCGGCGCUUCCCCCCUCCCCUCGGCGCUGCCGCGCCCACUGCGCCAGCGCCCGCUCCUCGCUGCGCCAGGAGCGCUGCCGCCUCUCCAGACCGCGCCGGCUGCGGCUCCGCGCGUGCGGCCCUCUGUCCCUGGCCGGCGGCCGCUGAAGCCCGGGCGCUCGGCCUUUGUCCCGCCGCCCGCGCUGCCGCCCCGGGGCGGCGGGGUCCCGGAAGGGCCGGAGGGACGGACCCCUCCCGCCUGGCGCCGGGGUGUCGCAGGCGACACCCCUGGGUUUUUCGGGUCCCCGCCGGUGACGGAGGCUUGGCGGCGGCUGCGGGCCGGCCCGGUGAUGCUGGCAGGUGGCCGGAAUGGUGGAGGGGCUUGGGGCCGGCGGUGAGGUGCUCCGAGGGGGCUAGGGGAGCGGGGCGGGGGCGGUUGCGGGGUCUGUUGCCGCGUUAGGAACCGGGGAUGGUGGCGGUUGAAAAGCCCUGUCCGCGGUGGGUCUGUGGCUGCCCCCCCCCCCCCCCGGGUGGACGCCUCUCGGGUGGGAGGUGGGGCGGGGUGAGAAGAUGCAAAAAGGUGGCCUGGGGAUCCCACGGUGGGCGGUGCCCAGGGAACCCGGGGUUGCUUGUCCGGUGCCUCCCCACCGACCACGUCCAGCCUGAUGGACAUGCCCGGGGGGUCCUGCAGACCAUCGGAGCAGGAGUGGGCACGGACAAUCGUCCAGAGAAAGAUCUGCGGCUCUGGGAAAGCCUCUCCCCACCCCGCCCCUCCACAGGAGGCCGGUGGGGUCCAGGGCAGAGUGCAAGGGCGGGGUGGCCAGGGGCCCCUCCCUGCUCUUCCGGCCCCGGCCUCCCCUCUGGUGUUUGGGGGCCCUGGUGCCCGGAGCUGCCCGCAUAGCUGUGUUCCAAGGGGUCUGGGGAGGCUGGCUGUCUCCACUGAAUUAGCCAGCGCAUCCUGGGGGUGGCUGGGGGAGCUGGUGCCUAGCACCCGAUGGUGGCUUCAGAGGCUGGUGCCGCAGGCGGUCUGCGUGCUCCUGUGUGAGCCGCAGAAGCUUCUGGAAAGAUGGGCUUGGCCUGGCGCCAUCUUCCCGCUGCAGUCUCCUUGGGAGGGCUCCCAGGCACCAGUCAGGACUGCCGGGCUGGGCCGGCACAGACGUGCACUCUGUCCAGCCUAGGAGGCGAGGACCACCGCUGGCAUGGGGUCUUGGGCUGCAGUGCUGGGGUCACAGAGCUGCUGGGGGUGAGGAGGGCUGUGGCCAUGCGCGCAGGUGGCAGGAGGCGAGAGCCUCAAAGAUGUUUAAGCUGUAGUGAUGGGACCUAGCACCGAGGAGCAGGAGUCUGGGGGGACUCUGGGAGGUCUGAAUAUGGGGGGGCUGGCUACGUGGUCUGCUGUCCAGCAAGGGGAGGACCUGCCGUGGGGUCAGGAAGCGAGUGCGGGUGUUUAACCUGGGGAGGGCAGGGGGGUGGUUCGGAAACGUGGGGGUGGGGCCCAGAAGUGGGGGAGCAAACCCAGCAUGAAACAGCCCUCCCCUCUCACCCCCCCCAAAACCUGGAUCACGAAAGAAGGUGUCACAAAGACAGAGGAAAGGAAGAAUUCUAGAAGGAUCUAGGCGGCUGUCAAAAGAGCAGCAGCUGCUGAGAAAGAAAGGAGGGACCGUUGUGGACCAGCCGUGGGGUUGGGGGGGGGGGUCAGUGCAGGUGGGAGGGGUCAGCAGGCAGAGGGGGCAAGCUGAUGCCUCCCAGAGGGGGCGGGAGGGGGAAAGUGGUGAUGAGAGGGGUGGACUGGGCAGCUCUAAGGUGGACGGGAAGCCAGCCGUGCCCCCAUCUGGCCCAAGGACCCCUCCCUACUCUCCAGGCGUUUAACCGAGAGGAGGUGGGGUUUGGGGAUGGAGAUUUGAAAUGACGGGAAGAGAAUUGCAUCUGUCCGCCUUGCACACCUCCAGGGACCUGGAGCUCAUGCCCUCCUCACACUGGCAGACCCCCCCCCCACUAUUUGGCUAAGAUGGGGGGAGCAGGCCUGCUGUUCAGGAAGGCACCCCGCAGAGUCUGCCCUCUGCCCGGGAGGUGUCCCGACCCACAGGUCACCCUGGAGCGCGGGCUCUGACCACCGGCCACCACAUCCGCCCCGCAGCGGCUCGGGGCGCCUCGGCCCAGCCCGCCCGGGGCCCCAGGCCGGCGCCCAGGCUCUGGCUCCGUGUCUUCACUCCCGUGUGUGUCCACCGAGGGAGGGAGGGACGGGGGCUGUGCUGGGGCGGCCGGGAGAGCGCGGGAGCCCGGGCGGCUGGACGAGGUGGCGGGGGCGGGGGCCAGAGCGGGCAGCUCCCUCCCAGCUGCGGUGCCCAGGAGCCCCUCCAAGCCCGCCCAGAGGGGGUUUCCUGUGUGUCCUGGAUCGGGUCGGGGGAGGGGGUCGGGUUCACCAGGGUAUCGGCAAGGUUGGGGAGGGGAUACAGCCAGCCUGGGACGCUGCCCCCAAAACCCACCCCGUGGCGCAAGUGCUUAGGUGCUGGCAGCCUGCAACCCCCUGCCUGCCCGUCCCCAGCUUACCCCCCACGGGGCUGGUGGUCCCAAGCAGCAGGGAAGGCAUGCUCCUGGCCCAUUGUUGGUGGGGAGGCUCAGGCCCAUCUGGCUGGGUGCACAGCCUCCAGCACCUGGGAGACGGCCAGUCUCUGCCAGCUGGCCCUGCGGAGACCCCAGGCCCGCUGUCCUGCCCCACCUGCUGUGAAGGGCCAGGCCCAGGUCAGAGUCAACAACGGCCGAGAGGAGGCCUCUGGGCGCCUCCUCAGGUCCCAGCCCCCCUGCCAGAUGCUGCCUGCUCACCCCUACCCCGCUCCCGCCCCAGAAGCUCUGCUGGUCAGACCGGGUGCCCAGGCCCCCGACCCCAGCCCCACACGGCCUCCAUCCAGGCGGGACCCCUGAGGCCACGCCACUCUGCCCACCCCAGGCCGGCACAGGAGGGAGCCUCCUGCACUGCUCAGACAGGAACUGUGGCCGGUGUGGGGGGGGCUGGGAGUGGGGGGUGGGCUGAGGGCCCAGUGGGUAUGGGGCCUGAAAUCGGGCAGCCUGAGCCGCUUGGCCCUUGACUGUGUAACUUUGAACACGAAAGCUAACCUCAGCCAGCCUGUUUCCUGGUCUGCAAAGUGGGUUCACACUCAAAACCCGGACCGGCACGUUUUGAAAGCCUGGACGCAGGGGAGGGCUGCCGGCAGUCCUGGACGCCUCUCGCCCUCCUCCAUGAACCUGGAGUCUGGCGGGCCCCCACCACCACAGGCCCUGCGGCCUCUGUGCUGAGUUCAGGAGUUGAGCUGAGCUGCUCGGGGCGCCUGGGACACCUCUUCACAUGGAUGGGGGCAGGGAGGGGGGCUGGGAGUGGCACCCCACACCCCUGCCCUGGCUCUCGGGGCCCUGGGACACGAAUUCUGCCGAGGGCAGUGCAGCCCCCGCGGGGCCCAGGCCCUUCCCGGGUCUGCCUCCCCUGGGCAGCCCCCCACCCCCACUGUGCCCCCUCCCGGGGCCGGCCCCCCCAGCCCCUCCUCUCCCUGACGCCAGCUCCU